AUGUCGCUGCUCCCUAACGCUGGCCUUGCAGCCGGCGUGGCCAGGGCCGGGGCGGCUCGUGAAGACGUGUCCUUAGCCAGCCGAAGUCCCGAUAGAGGAGCCAUCGCCAGACUGCCAGCGUCCGCUCCGACCCCUUGUGCUGCAGCAGCUGAGCCGAAGGCACUUGCUCGGGCUCCGGUGCCGCCGCACCCGAUACCAGAAGGGACCCGAGGUGCCGGUGCCGCAAAAGUGGAGGAAGUGGAAAGGAAGCCGAGGAGUGCCUUCAAGCUCUCGCAGUUGGAGGAGAUGUUCAAAAGCAGCGCGUACAUCAACAACGUGUACUGCAUCGCCAAGGACCAGGCGGGCUGCAGGAUGCUACAGCACAAGCUCGAUGAGGGCGGUCCUGACGUGUUCGCGGCCGUCUUCAGUGAGGUUGUGACACAUGCAGUUGAGCUCAUGAUGGAUCCCUUCGGGAACUACCUCUGCCAGAAGCUCAUGGAGAUGUCCAGCGCGCGACAGCUCGAGGUGCUGCUAGACAAGACCUAUGGCAGCCUUGUGAACAUCUCCUUGAACAUGCACGGAGCCAGAGCCGUGCAGAAGCUGAUUGACGUGGUCCGAAUGGUGCCUGUCUGCAUGACACGGCUCGUGGGGGCCCUUGAUUUCGCCGUCGUCACGCUCACGAAGGACCCGAAUGGGAACCACGUGGUACAAAGAUGCCUCGAAUCACUCCCGAGCGAUGCCCACGGCUUCAUCUUCAGGGCAGUGGCAAAAGACAUCGAAGACGUGGCUUCGCACCGGCACGGCUGCAGGAUAGUUCAAAGAUGCAUCGAUGCUGCAAAGGGCAGCGAUCGAACAAUGUUGAUAGGUGCCAUAUGCAGGGCUUCCUUGACGUUGAUCCAGGAUCCCUUCGGCAACUACGUGGUGCAGUACGUGCUCGGCCUCCAAGAUCCGCAGGCCAGCACCUUGAUCGUGACUGCCAUGACGGGGCGCCUGAAUGUGCUCUCGCGUCAGAAGUUCAGCUCAAACGUGGUUGAACGAUGCCUCCAGCUUGCGAGUGCCGAGGACAGGGCUCGGAUGAUCACCGAGCUGGCGGAUCCUCGAGGGCUAGGAGAGCUUCUUCGAGACAUCUACGGGAACUAUGUUGUUCAAAGCGCUUUGAACAUUGCCGUGGAACCUCAGAUAUCAGCUGUUCUAGCUGCCGUUCGCCCUCUGCUGCCGUCGCUCCGCUCCAGUGGUCAGGGGAGGCGGAUUGCACAGAAGCUGGAGAAGAAGUUCCCACAACUUCGGGAGCGAGGCCCCAACAGUGAGGCUGGGAGCGUUGGGGAGUGGUGGGGAGGGUCUGUGCAAGUGGGCCCACUGGAUGCACCAGACGCGCUAGAAGGAACUUUGUCAACGGAGCACCAGCUGCUCUCAGCUGUCAGGCUGGAGGCGGUGCAGGUGGAGGAGGUGAUGCAGCGCCUUGGCCGCCUGCCGCCCAAGGCGGCCUGGACGCGCCAGGCCGAGACCAGCCAAAAUCACAACAGGGCCCUCGCAAGCCAGAGCUCGCCUUCUUGUCCCUCUCCUCCGAUCCUCCGGUACCGGCGGACUAUAGUCUUCGUCUUCGUUUGUCGUGGCGGAGGCGCGUACCUGGUUCCCGGCGCCGUUACGCCUGGCAUCCUGAAUGCCGCGGGGAUAGGUGCUUUCUGCUCGCUCGUUGUGACUACCUUGCUGUGCCCCUUGCAUUGCGCAUUGCAAGUGGAGUUCCAUCCUGGCCAGCCGCAGCAUUGGCUGAACCGUAGUGUCACAGGCAUUCCCACUGGGGCACACAAACUCCGAGCUCUAUCUAUGCCGCAAAAAGACCAACGGAGCCGUCGAAGUCUCCUUCUGUCACGCAACGGACUCAUUCUGCAAAGACCAGGCGCAAAGCAAGCUAAUCCACGCUGCAGAUCUGAGUAUUUUGCCAUGCCGCUAACGCUGUAUUACUACACGGGCUGGGACCAUUGUCAGCUGCAUGGAUGUCCGAAAGGAGAGUCCAUUUGGCGAGAUUUUCCAUUCAAGGAUGUGCCAGGCAAGCCCUCUGUGAAGCAGCUGCAGAUUGAGGCCGACGGCAUAGAGUUCGUCAUUUGCGAUCUGAAGAAGCAAAGCUGGGACAAUCCCCCCGACUGGUAUGGCAAGAAGAACUACUUGAUCGCCGAGUCCGGCGAAUACUCCUUGAGGCAUGGGCACCUGAGGAGGAUCCGGGAGAGCAAGGUGAUGGUGGUGACGGACUUGGACCACACGCUUGUUGGUCAUGAGCGGGACCCAGAGAACAAGCUUUUGGAGGAGUUCAGGAACCUCUGGCUGGGCGAAUAUGCCCUGAACGGUUCAGCCCUGGCUUACUCCACGGGUCGGAGCAAGAGCAUGGCUCUCGAUGUGGCGCAAGAGCGCCAACUGAUACGACCCGAUCUUCUGAUAUGCGGUGUUGGAACAGAGGUGUACACGGUCCCAUCCCGUCUACCCAUCCUUGGUUGGUGGGAGGAUCGUGACAGCCUGGAGCUAAUGCCUGAGUGGAAGAGCAAGAUGCUCAAUGGCUUCAAUCGUGCUACCGUCGAGGAACUGUUGACCUCGCGGUUCCAAAAGUUCGAGCUGCGGGGCACUCCGGUGGACGAUCCAUACCGCAUACCGACAGCCUACCAGAUGGACGAGGCCUUCGAUGACUCGAAGAAGCUGCUGCAGGAAGCUCUCGGCUCCAGCUACCAG